AUGGAAAACUAAAUUUAAACACACAAAACAAAUAAGCAUAUUUUAGUUUCUUAGAUACCUUAAAAAAGUUUAAAUAGUACAACUUUUUUUUGCUUCUCAAUAAUGAAAAGGAUUGCAUUGCUUUUAUAGAUUAAGAUGUUAUAGAUUUUGAUAAAUUGA